CUCCAGUCCCCCACCAGAGAAUCAUUUCCUUCCGGCGCUGCACCGUGCAUCACCGUCGGUAUUUUUCAAUGAGUCUUCGGUAGCAAUUGUGACGGCUCUAGAGAUAGUGAGAGAAUCUCUAGACGCUAAAUUCCAUCAAACGCAUCGCCUUUCCAGCACCGUCAUCAUGUUGGUGACAAAACCAGCCGCAGAACUAUGCGCUUUGCUAAUUGACGAACUCCAUGGCGAACUUCCUUCCCGGAUCUUCGCGAUCCUCCUCAGCAAAGGCCGUUCGACCGUCCCCCAGCUCGCCCAGUACACAUCAAUGACCCCGCGGCAGGUGCGCCAUGGUCUCGCUGUUCUUCAGCAGCACAACCUGUUGUUUUACCAUACCGAUCCCGGCGCCGAAUUUGCCUCCUACGAGGCCAACCCCGACAAUGCCUACAACCUAGUCCGCACGGGCAAAAUCCUCGAGAUGAUUGAUACGUCAUUUGGAGCGCCGGCAAAGGAUGUCAUGCAGAGCCUCCUGCUGUCGGGCCAAACGAGGGUAUCGGAUUUGGUCGCUGCAUACAAAGAGAAGCUUGGGCAUGGGAACCAAACAGAGAGUGCCGUUGGGGAUGACCCCGAUUUUGGGGUCGAGGCGAACGGCGUCAACGGAGAUUCAAAGCCCGACAAGAAGGCCGGGCCAUUGGUUAAGAGCACCGCCCAUUUGAACACCAUCAUAUGUCGGCUGGUGGAAGCCGAAUUGAUCGAUGUGGUUCAUGCCAAAACCUUUGAGAGCUCGGAAGAUGUUCUGAAGACCGUUGAGAGAGAAGUCAUGCACAAGUAUUUCCCUACCGGGGUCAAGGGAAACAAAGCCAAGCAGGAGCUGCAGGAGAGGAUCGCCGAGGGCCUCCGUAAAGUUCGCGGCGAGUCCAAGUCGCUCAAGCGCAAGCUGGAGCAGAAUGGCUCGGCGGCAAAGCGACGGAAGCUUCUUGCCGGGAUUGGCAUGGCGAAUGGCAUCCAGGACGAGGAUAUGGACCCUGCUCUAGACCCAAGACAAGUCAUCAGGAUAAACUACGAGAAGUGCCUGGUCGAUCUGCGCAACCGUCGGCUUGUCCAGUACGCAACCGACAUGAUUGGAGAGACCACGGCAUAUGUGUACGGCGUCCUGCUAAAGCUUCUUACCAAGGACCUGCCCCGCUGCCGUGCGGAUCCUGUGAUGGAUGCCGUGGCAGAGAAGGACGAAGAAGACGAAAAGGGCCCGGGGUCUGUGACUACCGAACAGAUUCUCGACAGUCUCAAGACAUCCGUCGACCUCUCGCUAGGGAUAGGAAAAGCAGAGAGACGGCAGGUGUCUUCGACGGCCGCGGAGAAGAUCGAGCUAUACCCACCAAAGAAGAGGGUAUUGAUCGAGGAGGCGGAAGUGGAUGGCGAGGCUAGCGCGGACGAGGAUGAGGGAGAUGAUGAGUCCAGCGAGGAAUCAGACUAUGACUCGGAUUACAAAGCUCCGACUACAAACGGAACCAACGGUAUCAAUGGCACCAACGGCACGAACGGUACGAAGGUCAAAUUCGACGAGUCGGCAGCGCCCAAGGAGCGCCGGAUGGAUCGACCAACCCAGUUGCGGCAGCAUCUACUUAUGCUAGCCGAAAGCACCCAGCAUUUCGUGCGACACUGCGGGCCGAACGAGUGGACAGUUGAUUUCGUCCCCGUGAUGAAAUCGCUUCGCGAGGUCGAGCUCGACUCGGUAAUUGAGCGCACAUGCGGCCGGCAAGGCCUCCGGCUAGUGCGUAUCCUCCGCGCCAAAGGAAAGCUCGACGAGAAAGCACUCCCCAACGUGGCACUCAUGCGCAAGCCGGAACUACAGCAGAAGAUGCUCGAGAUGCAGACGGCCGGCUUCGUCUCAGUGCAGGAAGUGCCGCGCGACCUAAAGGCCGACGUCAAGAAGUCCUUCUUCCUCUGGUUCUGCGACGUCGACCGCUCGCUCAGUCGCCUCCUAGACACCGGCUACGUCACUAUGGUGCACUGCCUCCAGGUGCUGGAGGCGCUGCGACGGAAGGAACAGGACGUCCUCGAAACGACCAAGCGCACCGAUGUCCGGGGCCGUGAGAAGGACACGAUGCGCAAGUCAUACUAUGAGCGGUAUUCCAGGUUCCUGGAGUGCGAGCGGAAGCUGUUCGCGCAGGUUAUGCGCGUGGAUGAUCUCGUUUCGGUGCUGCGAGACUUUUAAAGGGGUCGAGAUGGGGAGGCAUCUCUCCGUCCGUGAAUCCGAUGGAGGCGAUUUCGUCUCUGUCCGAUAAUUUCUAGGUGCCCGGUUCAUGGACACAAGAUCAUCACAUUGCAUUGGCGGCGUAGCUGGCUUGAAUGGGGAACAAAAUGUAGGAAUCUUGAUUGCAUUUGGCAGGCGUUUCAUGGAGGGUGCUUAAACCACUUCCUGAGGCAAUGUCCCAGGGCUCAACAUGUCCUUUCGAGGUGGGAGAGAGAAAUGGACCACUUUCCGAGGAAGCCGGUUGUUUUGCUAUGUUGUAUCAUUGUACCGGAUAGAAAUUGGAUGAUGAAUCUAGCUGUUCAUCCC